AUCACAAUAUAAAAUAUAUACCCCGCAUAAAAAAAAAAAGAAUAGUUCCAAAUUAUCUUUCUAAAAAAAUUUUUUCAAAUUUUUUAUAAUAAAAAAAUGUCUCCACCUUUAUUAACAACGGAUUGUUUACAUCUCAUUUUCAAGGAUUUUGAAGAAGAUAGAUAUACUCUACAUUCAUGUCUUUUAGUGAAUAGACUCUGGUGUGAAACUGUAGUAUCUUUAUUAUGGAGUCAACCUUUUCGUUUAACACGUAGAACUCCUUCCUCUAAAUUAGUUCAAACAUAUAUAAAUUGUCUUGAUCCACAAGUACUUACCGAUAGUGAAAAAGAUAUUUUGGAAAUUACUGAUAAUAGAAUACCACCAACAUUUGAUUAUCCAUCGUUCUUACGACAAAUCUCAUAUUUAGAUUUAUAUAAUGGGAUUGCUGCAUGGUUUGAAUGGUAUGAACCAUGGGGAGAAGUAUAUCGAGAAAGAGUAGCUUUGGUAUCUAAAUUGUUAAUUUACUCUUUUAUGAGUCAUUCAUCUGCAUUUCAUAAACUAUCAAUUGAAACUGGUGAAAUGGUUAUGGUUCCAAAUAACCAUCUUAAUUUUUUUUCACAUCAAGGUUCUGAGAUUUGUUUAUCUAAACUUCGACAAUUUAUAUGUAUUGGAGAUUUUUUGAAGGCAGAUAUUUUCGCGGGAGCUGCUAAAAUUUGCAAAAAUAUCAAGACAUUAUUUGUAAGUCCAGGUCGAGUUUGCACUUCGGGAAAUAGAUCUGUUCCUGAGAAACAAUAUGAUUCCUUAAUAAAUCUUAUUAAAGGACAAAAAUCUCUUGAAUAUUUUGUUAUUCAUACUUGCAACAAAUCAAGUCGCAUAAUUUCUGCGCUGCUUGAAAGUCAAAUUAAUUCUUUAGUUCAUGUGGAAUUCUUUAAGGUAGAUUUUAUAGAAUGUGUUACAUUAGCACCUUUGGCAGAAUCGAAAAAAUUAGUGACUUUAACAUUCGAAGAAUGUUCAAGUCUUGAGAAUAUAAUGGAACCAUUUGUUUCUAGUUCAUUAAAUCGGUUAGAAAAACUUAAUUUUAAAAAGUCUACUGUUAGGGAUGAUGUUUUAGCAGCUUUAAUAAAAAAUGCAGGAUCAACUUUAUCUACAAUAUAUUUAGGACCAAUAGAAAUUAAAGAUGUGUAUAAUCCAAAUAUAGUAAUCGAUUUAAUCACAAAAUAUUGUCCGAACCUUGUAGAUUUGGCAUUAGAUGUUCAAAGGCCUGACCUACCAUAUUUAUUAACUUUAUUAAGUUUUAGUAGAUAUCUUAAUAAGUUAGAAAUUUUUGGAAGCAUUCUUCGUAUUGAUAGUUUAUUAGAAAAUUUCUUUCACGCUCUUCCACCUACCUUAGAACAUUUAAUAAUUAAUGCGGAUUGGCAUUUUUCCGCAAACGAACUUGCAAUUGGGUUAGAGAACUGUAAAGCUAGAUUAAGAAGUUUACAUAUGCCAGAUUGUUAUUUAAUAAGUGAUAAUCACCUUUGCGUUAUAACUGAAUAUUUAGGUGAUAGUUUACAACAUUUAGAUGUUAGUUAUGCAUCACCUUCACAAGUAACUAGUGAAGGAUUGAGAAAAGCACGUUCAAUUAUUAAUCGGGUUGAUUAUGUUUAUAAAGAAGAUAGAAAAUAUCCUACAUUUUGGAAUUUGAGAUAUUGGGGCGAAGAAUGGGUUGAAGAACCGAUCGUGGAUCGCACUUUUGAACAAUGGGAUUGGGAGAAUGGCGAAGAAGGAUGGUAUGGCGUAGAUUGGAAAAAAUAAAUUUAAUUAAUUUUUAUAUUUAAUGUUUUAUUAUAUUAAUAAUAUAUAUAUAUAUUUUUUUUUUUUAUGUAAUAAUUUGAGAACUACUUUUAUUUU